AUGGCGUCUUUUAAGGACAGACUAAAGCAGCAGCUGAGCUCGUCUUUGUACCAGAGUAUAAAGUGUGCGAUGCAGGAGAUGUUGGGGCAGGUGGAGAGCCUGGUGGAGAGGGCUGUGGAGAGGGCCCUGCUCCCAGAGGACCAGGGGACACUCCUGGACUGUCCCAGUCUCACUUCAGCAGUAUCUCAGAUCAACAUCUCCGAAGCCCACCUCAGAUUAAAUGAAGCACUUGUGGCUGGAACCAGUGGAAACACAGAGUUCUCAGGAACAGGUGUUUUUCAAGAGCAGGACUUUGGCGACUGCUUUAAUGAGAAAGUGGAAAACAAUCAACAAGAACUAGACGAACGACAGACAGACUCUUACAGUGACGACAGCAACGAGGCGUGGAGGGAAAAACAUGGAGCAACAUCAUCAAGAGGUUGGAAGAAGAAAGAUUCAGUUCAAAAAGAGGAGGUGACACAGUCUGAAGUGACGCCACACUGCAGUGAUGUCUGUGGGACAGCUGCCCCCGAGGUGAACAUCUCUCAGCUCCAGCUCAGUUCAAAUCAGAGUCUGUCUGUAGACGGACGACAGACAGACCCUUUUUUUGACAGUGACGACAGCAACGAGACGUGGGUGAGACAUGGAGCAACACCAUCAAGAGGUUGGAAGAAGAAAGAUUCAGAUCAGAAAGAAGUGACACAGUCUGGAGAGAUUUUCAGAGUGGACCAGGGACCAGGACUGGACUUUCCGUGUCCUAUUCCAGCUGCCCCCGAGGUGAACAUCUCUCAGCUCCAGCUCAGUUCAAAUCAGAGUCUGUCUGAUGCAAGCAGUUUGACCCGAGGCUGGUGUGAAAACAGAAUCCAGUUCUUUCUGCAUCCAUCCACCUCUCGCACCAUGUCGACCAACUCCAGUGUCCCCCGUGGGUGCGUCGCCAGCGUGGACUCCCUCUACUACAGCCUGUGUGACCUGAGCGCCGUCUGGGGGGUGGUUCUAGAAGCUUUCGCCGCCGCCGGAAUAGUUUUCUGUUUUGUUUUGUUCAUUGCACUCCUCGCCAGCCUCCCCUUCACCAAAGACAAGAACCGACGAAGCUCCAUCCCUCUCCACGCCUUCUUCCUCUUCGUCACAUGUGGACUAUUCUGCCUCACUUUUGCUUUCAUCGUCGGGAAGGAUUUCUCCACUUGCGCGUCAAGGAGGUUCCUAUUCGGCGUUCUUUUCGCCGGGUGUUUUUCCUGUUUGCUAAUGCACGCGGUGAGGUUGAACUUUCUCGUUCGGCGGGAUUCUGGUCCGCCAUCUUGGGCUCUGGGUCUGGGCAUGCUCGGUCUCUGUCUCGUCGAAGCCAUUAUCAACACGGAAUGGCUGAUCAUCACAAUUGUUCGCGCGCCUUUGCCGCCGCUAAACGGAACCGAAAUCGGGAGAGCGACCGCGACGCCGUGCAACAUUGCGAACCAAGAUUUCGUGAUGGCUCUGAUCUACGUCAUGGUGCUGAUUUCUGCGACCUUUGUGGCGAGUUUGGUGAUAAUGUGCGCUAUAGCGCUAGUGGCCAACGCUUGGGUCUUCCUGGUUGUCCACACCAUUCCUGAAGUCUGCUGUUUGGGGAUUGAAGAGGACGAGGAGCCAGCGCUGGGGCAGGACCUGUAUCCGAGUCGAGCGGUCGGCUUCGAGACCAUCCUGAAGGAUCAGAGCUCUCAGAAUCUGUUCAUGGAGAACAAGGCUUUCUCCAUGGAUGAACCCAGUCAUGUCUCCAAACCCAUGUCUCCGUAUAGCGGCUACACCGGACAGCUGCGCGCUUCUGUUUACCAGCCGACAGAACUGGCCCUCAUCAGCAAAUCCACAGCCAACCGCCCUCCAGAAGUCGGUUAUGAUAAUGUCAUUCCCCGAGCCACAGCACCCUCUGCAGGCAGCAGUGGACAGAGCACUCCAUCCACACGGGCGGACUCCAACGGCUCCAGCGGAAAUGGUCUCCACAGGACGACCCAGUGGUAA